UUCAUUAUUACCAUUAUUAUUUUUUUGUUUUGAUUCCACUUAAAAAUAAUUCAGAACCAGAUAAUAAAAAUUUAUUAUAAUACGUAUUAAAUUGACUCACUAACUUUGUAAUUUAAUUAUGAGCUAUUCAAUAUUUUUUUUUUUACUCGUCACUAUUUAUCCAAUUGCUGCAAAUUCACCAGACGGCAAUGGAUUAGAGUUUUCUGAAAAUAAUAAUGAGCCAAAUAAGUAUGGGUGUCAUUGCGUUAAUUACACAUGCGGAUGUUGUGAGCCAAUAAACUUAAUUGAAUUACACGGAAUUGUUUGCACAAAUUUUUCAUAUUUACCCAAAGAUUAUGGGGUGUCAUUAACAAUUACAUACAAUAAUUAUACAUUGUAUAAUGAAACAAUUUCAGCGCGCAACCCGCCGCCAAUUUGUGUCGGAAUUCCAGAAUUUGAAAAAAUAAAUGCCGAAGUUUGCGUAACAUUCUAUGACCUAACCUUCAAACUGCAUCACUUCCAUUGUUGCUCUAAUUUAAGAAUAGCAGUUUAUCAUUUCAUUCAUCGUACAAUAGAAUUAGGCUGUUUCGAUAUCCCCUCGUCAAAAAUAAAAUUUCCAGUUCGAUCGACUUCAAUAAAACAAUCAAAUUACCCUACAGUUAUUUAUGUUUAA